AUGCGACGGGUAGUAGUGACUGGCCUCGGAGCCAUCACGCCCUUGGGUGUAGGCGUGAAACGAACCUGGACCCGUCUUCUUAAUGGCGAAUGCGGAAUCGUCAGUGUUGCAGAUCUAGAGCCUCAAGCGCGUUGGAAAGAGUUGACAAGCACAAUUUCUGGGUUAGUGCCUAGCGGCGAAGGGGAAGGUCGAUGGAGGGCAUCAGACUGGCUCAGCGCAAAUGAGCAAAGACGAAUGUCCAAGUUUACACAAUACGCCAUUGCUGCCGGCGAUAUGGCUCUCGAAGACGCGGGAUGGGAGCCAAAGAGCGAAGAGCAACUGGAGGCUACUGGAGUCUGCCUAGGGAGUGGCAUUGGGAAUCUGGAUGAGAUUUAUGACACCAGCUUAGUGCACCAUAAAGAUGGCUACAAAAAGGUAUCGCCGCUAUUUGUACCCAAGAUUUUGAUCAACAUGGCGGCUGGUCACAUAGCCAUGAAAUACGGUUUCCAAGGCCCCAACCAUGCAGCAACUACAGCUUGCACAACUGGUGCACACUCAAUUGGAGAUGCAUCGCGGUUCAUCAGCAUGGGAGACGCCGAUAUCAUGGUUGCAGGAGGCUCGGAAUCGUGUAUUCAUCCCUUGACAUUUGCUGGCUUCGGCAGGGCAAGAUCUCUAUCAACGGCAUACAACGACAAUCCUACAGCGGGCUGCCGCCCAUUUGAUGCCGGCCGCAACGGUUUUGUGGUUUCUGAAGGUGCUGCUGUGCUGGUCCUUGAAGAGUUGGAACACGCCAAAGCACGAGGAGCGCGCAUCUAUGCUGAAAUUAAAGGAUAUGGUUGCAGCGGUGACGCCUACCAUAUGACUGCGCCGCGAGAAGAUGGCCGCGGCGCAUUUCUUGCUAUGAAAAAAGCCUUGAAGAAUGCUGGAGUCAAACCCUCACAGGUUGAUUAUGUCAACGCACACGCAACAGCGACAAACGUUGGGGAUGUGGCAGAGACAUCGGCUAUUAAACGGCUCAUGCUAGGCGAGGAGGGACAUGAAAAAGAAUCGAACAUUACAGUCAGCAGUACCAAGGGUGCAGUUGGACAUUUGUUAGGUGCUGCUGGAGCCAUUGAGGCUUUGUUCUCAGUCCUGGCCAUUCACCAGGGAGUUGUGCCUGCAACAUUGAAUCUACAGAAGCCAGACGUCGGUGCUGCUUUUAACUUUGUACCGAAUGCGGCACAGGAAAGAGACGUUGGUGUGGCUGUAUCAAACAGCUUUGGAUUCGGAGUUCGUCAUGACCUGGUGCAUGACGUGAAGACUUACAACAGCUUCCCUUUGUGCCGUUUCUCAGGCUCCUCUCAAGCCAUUUUCCCUUCCGAAACGAAACCCCCGAAUAAACAAAUCCAAAAAAUGGCCUGCGAAUCCUGUAGAACCCAGGCUCGGUCCGUCCUCCGGGCCGCAAUGCGAGCUGGCGCAUCACGAGCCUCUGCACCCACGACAAGAAACUUUUUGCCGCCCGUUGCAACUAUGCUUUCCCGACGAAAUUUCAGCAAUUCGAGCUCAAGGAGCCUUCUUCAGGGUAUCGGAAAGUCCAUGGCUGAGCCGUAUCGUGUCCUGGGUGCUACAGAGCAGUUAUUCAAGGCUUCCUCCAAGGCAGCUGAUUACCAUAUUACUGAGAAGGAGCGCAAGGAGGACCAUGUAAAGCUUGCAGAGGAUGGCGAGGAGAUUGGACAUUCUCUAAACUCUGAGAGUCCCUGGCAUCACACCUUCAAGCUUCCUCCCACCUUUAGCACCUGGUCCCAUGUCACUAUGCUGCACCUCUACCUAAUCAACACCCGAAUACGCUGCUUCGACCGCGAAGGCUUCCACAACUGGCAGCAUCAGCUUACAGACCACUUCUUCUUUGAGUGCGAGAAGAAGAUGCACAUCGACCACCACAUCACAUCGAGUGCCCUGCGACAGCGAUACCUCAAGGACAUUUUCGUCCAGUGGCGCGGUCUUCUCUUGGCGUACGACGAGGGUCUCAUCAAGGGCGAUGCGAUGUUGGCGAGCGCUAUCUGGCGAAACCUGUUCAAGGGUUCACCUGACGCUGAUCCUAGAGCUCUGCUUGCCAUUGUGGGCUGGAUGCGAUCGACACUCCUUCAGUUUGAGGCUGUAUCGGACAACAACCUUCCUGCGCAAUUACCGGCCAUCAUGGCGAAGCCGGUCGAUGUGUUCUGGACGAGAUUGGAGAAGCAGCUGGGUGGACAACAGGAAGACAGCAUUCCUGCUUCAGAGCCUGUAAAGGAGGCCGAGGCGGCUGUAUCAGCAGGAGCAGCCAAGGUGUCAACCAACUAA